CUUUUAGGAGCUGAAUUUGAAGAUGAAGCUUCUUCUAGUGAAGAAGAAGAUAAUAUAAUUUUACAAACUGUUUUAAUACAAAGGUUAAACAUAAGAUAUUUAAACCUCCGAAUAUACCAUGUAGCUAAAUCAAAAGACUGGUGGCAAAAUAUUCUUCCACUUUAUGAUCCUAUUCGAUUCAAAAAACUUUUGCGAAUGUUUCCACAUCAUUUUCAACAAUUAGCUGAUCUUAUAUGCCUUCAUCCUGUAUUUUUAUCUCAAGGAAAUAAACCUCAAAUUUGUGUUGAACUUCAAUUAGCUGUAUUUCUUUGUCGACUUGGUUCUACCGGAAGUUUGUUUGAAGUUUGUUCACGAUUUGAAAUAGAAGAAGGAACAGUAAUUCUUUAUACUAAACGAGUUAUUCAAGCAAUUGUAGCACAAAAAGAAACUUUUGUCAAGUGGCCUACUUUGGAAGAGCGUAAAAAAGUUCAUAAAGGGUUUGAAGAUUUAGGAGGGAUAAAAAAUAUAAUUGGAGCAGUUGAUGGAACACAUAUUCUUAUGAAAAAUGCUCCAAACAAAGAUCCAGAAGUUUAUUUUACUCGAAAAAAACGUUAUGCUAUUCAUUGUCAAGGUAUUGUAAAUGACAGAGGGAUUUUUACUAGUUUUGAUGUAGGUUGGCCUGCUUCAGUACAUGAUGCUCGA